AUGGUGAAACUACGACUCAUUUUCAUCUUUCAUGUUCUCCUUCAGGUUGCCCACGCCUUCUGGGGCUUUUCGUCCGCCGAUGUCUUCCCCCUACUGCAAGAUGCGAAUACCACAGCGCUGUUUCCCAUGUCACGAUGUGGUGGGUUCCAGCUUGAGGAAGCAACAAUUGACCAGAUGCAAGCUGCGAUGAGUAAUGGUUCAGUCACCUCAACGCAGCUGGUCCUAUGCUACCUGGAGAGGGCUUAUCAGACUCAAAACUAUAUCAGUUCAAUACUGGAAUUCAAUCCCGAUGUGAUAGCCAUUGCCCAAGCCCGGGAUCAUGAGCGAAAGCAGGGCAAGGUCAGAGGGCCACUCCAUGGCAUCCCGUUCAUCGUCAAAGACAACAUUGCCACCAAAGACAAAAUGGAGACUACGGCUGGCAGUUGGGCUCUGAUCGGGAGCAUCGUGCCCCGCGAUGCUUAUGUUGUCUCCAAACUCCGCGACGCCGGUGCUGUCCUGUUCGGGAAAGCGUCCCUCAGCGAGUGGGCCGAUAUGCGCAGUAACAACUACUCAGAGGGCUACUCUGCUCGUGGCGGCCAGUGUCGGAGCGCCUACAACCUCACGACGAACCCUGGUGGGAGCAGCUCGGGAAGUGCUGUCGCUGUUUCGGCGAAUGUUAUCGCAUUUGCCCUCGGGACCGAAACAGAUGGCAGCGUGAUCAACCCGGCGGAACGUAACGGUAUUGUAGGCAUCAAGCCUACCGUAGGUCUAACGUCUCGAGCUGGUGUCAUUCCCGAGUCCGAACACCAAGAUACGGUGGGUACCUUCGGUAGAUGUGUCCGCGAUGCUGUCUAUGCACUCGAUGCCAUCUAUGGAGUCGAUCUACUCGACAACUAUACGUCCGCCCAGCAGGUUCCCAAUGGCGGAUACACACAGUUCAUGACGACCAAGGGCGCUCUCGUCAAUGCAACUUUUGGCCUUCCCUGGCAAAGUUUCUGGGUGUAUGCGGACGAAGAACAACAGAAUCAGCUCCUGGAGCUGGUUGAGCUGAUCCGCUCUGCGGGUGCAACCAUCAUCAACAACACCGAGAUAACCGACUACGAAACCAUUGUGUCUCCAACUGGCUGGAACUGGGACUAUGGUAGCACCCGCGGAUAUCCCAACGAGUCCGAGUACACGGUUGUGAAGGUCGACUUCUACAACAACAUCAACAAGUAUCUAUCGGAGCUCUCCAACACCAACAUGCGAACCAUCGACGACUUGGUGGCGUACAACUACGCCAACGACGGCACCGAAGGUGGCUACGAGUGGCCCCUGGGCAUACCGGCAUUUUACUCUGGACAAGAUGGGUUUCUGGCCUCGUUGGACUCGAAGGGCGUGAUGGACGAGACGUAUUUCCAGGCGCUGGAGUUCUCGCAAACCUCGACGCGUAAUGGCAUCGACGACGCUCUGAUUGUUAAUGGACGGAAGCUCGACGGGCUCUUGGUCCCUCCGGACGUCGGGCAGACGUACCAGAUCGCAGCGCAGGCAGGGUACCCUAUGGUCACACUCCCGGCGGGCGUGAGGAGUGUAAGCGGUAUGCCUUUUGGGCUGGCGAUUAUGCAAACGGCAUGGGCGGAAGACAAGUUGAUUCGUUGGGCGAGUGCGAUUGAGGAUUUGCAACAGACAAGUGGUACGGAGAGGAAGAGGACUCUGCCUGCUUGGAGAGGCUGGCUGGAAAGGAACAUUCCUGUCAUUUGGGAUUUCUAA